AUGGAAAACGAUGACGUUGAUAUGGUCGGCGCCGACAACAACGAAGCCGAUUUGGAUGACAUGAAGAAACGGUUGAAGGAAAUGGAAGACGAAGCUGCUGCUUUGCGAGAGAUGCAGGCCAAGGUCGCGAAAGAGAUGGGAUCCGUGCAAGAUCCCGCUAAUGGUUCUGCAAGUCAGGUUAAUAGGGAGGAAGUUGAUUCUCGAUCAAUCUUUGUUGGCAAUGUGGACUAUGCAUGUACUCCCGAAGAAGUGCAACAGCAUUUUCAGUCAUGUGGCACAGUAAACCGAGUCACCAUUCGCACUGAUAAGUUUGGCCAACCCAAGGGAUAUGCUUAUGUAGAAUUUGUUGAAGUAGAAGCUGUUCAAGAGGCUCUUUCCCUGAAUGAAUCUGAACUGCAUGGACGGCAAUUGAAGGUUACUGCUAAGAGGACCAAUGUACCUGGGAUGAAACAAUUUCGUCCUCGCCGGCCUAGUAAUCCUUACAUGGGAUUUCGAGGCAGAACUCCAUAUGCACCUCCUUUUGCCUAUGCCCCGGCUCCUUAUGGAUAUGGAAAGGUUCCAAGGUUCAGAAUGGGCAUGCGCUACAGCCCAUACUAUUGA